AUGACGACGAUUCGGUGCAUUAUUGCGAUUCUCGCGCUGCUCAUCUCGUCAGCGUCGGCGCAAGUCGACUGUUUCGCCGAGCGCGAUUCCGGAAGCUAUUGUGCCGAAAAUUCGAGCACUCGCAUGUUUUACUACCUUCCACGAUUGGGCACAUGCCAGCCGUUCAUGUAUUUUGGGUGCGGCGGAAACUCGAACCGAUUCGCCAGUGCGCAAGAAUGCCGCCACGCGUGCGCCAAUGCUCAGCCGGCGAGGGACUCUGAUUCGAAUGAUGAGCACAUCCAAAUGAAAGCCGCCUGCUCGGCUCGAUACGAUACUGACCAUUUGACGCCCGUCCGAUGCUCAACAUCAGCCGAUUCGUGUCCGCAAGGCCAUCAGUGCACCAACGGCUUCUGCUGCCCAACAUCAGAUCACGUGUGCAAUUUGAACUACGACUCGGGCAAAUUUUCCGUCGGCGGCGAGAAAAGCGACAAAUACUUUUGGGUGCCGCAAUUCAACACGUGCAUGCGCUUCUCAUUCUACGGAACGCUCGGCAACGCCAACAACUUUCCCAACUAUAAUUCGUGUAUGGCGAUGUGCGGACCGAACGCGAGAGCUUAA